CUUCCGGUGGCGGCGCGGAGCCCUGGGCCCGGCUGCGGCCCGGCGGCGGCCCCGGCGCGGUGCGGGCGUUCGCGGCGCCCCGGGAGCGGCAGGGGCCCCGGGCAGCGGCGAGGCCGGAGCGGGGCGGGCCCGGGACACCGGCACCUGGCCCCCUCGGAGCCAAAGGCGCGCGGCGGACACGGCGGGGCCCUCGCGCGCCUGGAGACGAUGCCAAAGCUGCAGGGCUUCGAGUUCUGGAGCCGCACCCUGCGAGGGGCCCGCCACGUGGUGGCCCCCAUGGUAGACCAGAGCGAGCUGGCCUGGAGGCUGCUGAGCCGGCGCCAUGGGGCACAGCUCUGCUACACGCCCAUGCUGCACGCCCAGGUCUUUGUCCGCGACGCCAACUACCGGAAGGAGAACCUGUACUGCGAGGUGUGCCCCGAGGACCGGCCCCUCAUCGUGCAGUUCUGUGCCAAUGACCCGGAGGUGUUUGUUCAGGCGGCUCUCCUGGCUCAGGAUUACUGUGAUGCCGUUGACCUGAACUUGGGCUGCCCACAGAUGAUAGCCAAGAGAGGUCACUAUGGCGCCUUCCUGCAGGACGAGUGGGACCUGCUCCAAAGAAUGAUUUUGCUGGCCCACGAGAAACUCUCUGUUCCUGUCACGUGCAAAAUCCGUGUCUUCCCGGAGAUUGACAAGACCGUGAGGUACGCCCAGAUGCUGGAGAAGGCCGGCUGCCAGUUGCUGACGGUGCAUGGACGCACCAAGGAGCAGAAGGGGCCCCUGUCGGGUGCAGCAUCCUGGGAGCACAUCAAGGCCGUGCGGAAGGCUGUGGCCAUCCCUGUGUUUGCUAACGGGAACAUCCAGUGCCUGCAGGACGUGGAGCGCUGCCUCCGGGACACGGGUGUGCAGGGCGUCAUGAGCGCAGAGGGCAACCUCCACAACCCUGCCCUGUUCGAGGGCCGGAGCCCUGCCGUGUGGGAGCUGGCCGAGGAGUAUCUGGACAUUGUGCGGGAGCACCCCUGCCCGCUGUCCUACGUCCGGGCCCACCUCUUCAAGCUGUGGCACCACACGCUGCAGGUGCACCAGGAGCUGCGAGAGGAGCUGGCCAAGGUGAAGACCCUGGAGGGCAUCGCUGCCGUGAGCCAGGAGCUGAAGCUGCGGUGUCAGGAGGAGAUAUCCAGGCAGGAGGGAGUGAAGCCCACCGGCGACUUGCCCUUCCACUGGAUCUGCCAGCCCUACAUCCGGCCGGGGCCCAGGGAGGGGAGCAAGGAGAAGGCAGGUGCACGCAGCAAGCGGGCCCUGGAGGAGGAGGAGUGUGGCACGGAGGUCCUGUCCAAGAACAAGCAAAAGAAGCAGCUGAGGAACCCCCACAAGACCUUCGACCCCUCUCUGAAGCCAAAAUAUGCAAAGUGUGACCAGUGUGGAAACCCAAAGGGCAACAGAUGUGUGUUCAGCCUGUGCCGCGGCUGCUGCAAGAAGCGAGCCUCCAAAGAGACUGCAGACUGCCCAGGUCACGGAUUGCUUUUUAAAACCAAACUGGAGAAGUCUCUGGCCUGGAAAGAGGCCCAGCCUGAGCUGCAGGAGCCUCAGCCGGCAGCACCCGGAACACCAGGUGGCUUCUCCGAAGUCAUGGGCAGUGCCCUGGCCUGAAGGCCCAGAACCCCCACCCCCAGGACUGCUGCUGGAGCCUGGACACGUCCUACUUAAGAAAAUGCCUUUUACUCAGGGAAUCUCCUGCUACUUAAUGUGGAAAGACACGCCCAUGUCCCCCUUUGGCCCACUCUGGGGGCCUGGAAAUGCUGCAGUGGGGAGCAGGCCCCAGGCUGGACCUGCCCUGUCCUCAGCACGCGUGUGCAAAAGUGAACAAUAAAUCAUUUCAAAGAUG